CUGUCGGGUGUGGCUUCCCUGUUCUGUAACCUUUAUGUCUCCUCACCCCUCGUGUGAGGGGUCCGUGGUGCAGGGUGAUGCGUCCGACUACGAAUCAGAGGACUAAAAGAAAGUGUGUCGUAGAUGAAACUUCGAGAGGAGAUGAAUCUUGACAUCUCAGGAGUGGAGAUAUUCGGGAACCAGAGCAGAUUACUCAGAAGUAAGAAGAAAAAUCCCUCCCAGGUGGUGAUAUUGUUGGAAAGUAGGCUGGAGUUGGAGUCCCCCAGUUCUACUCGUUGUCACUCAUGGAACGACAGCCAUCAAUACCAAGGGCACCCUGAAGCAAAGAGGCGUGGAGCUAUCUCCUAUGACAGCUCUGAUCAGACUGCGUUGUACAUUCGUAUGCUAGGAGAUGUACGCGUAAGGAGUAGAGCAGGAUUUGAAUCAGAAAGAAGAGGUUCUCAUCCAUAUAUUGAUUUUCGUAUUUUUCACGCUCAAUCUGAAAUCGAAGUUUCUGUGUCUGCAAGGAAUAUCAGAAGGUUACUAAGUUUCCAGAGGUAUCUUAGAUCGUCACGCUUUUUUCGUGGUACCAGCGUUUCGAAUUCUCUAAACAUUUUAGAUGAUGAUUAUAAUGGACAAGCCAAGUGUAUGCUGGAAAAAGUUGGAAAUUGGAAUUUUGAUAUCUUUCUAUUUGAUAGACUAACAAAUGGAAAUAGUCUCGUAAGUUUAACCUUUCAUUUAUUUAGUCUUCAUGGAUUAAUUGAGUACUUCCAUUUAGAUAUGAUGAAACUUCGUAGAUUUUUAGUUAUGAUCCAAGAAGAUUACCACAGUCAGAACCCUUACCACAAUGCAGUCCACGCUGCAGAUGUCACUCAGGCCAUGCACUGUUACCUAAAAGAACCUAAGCUUGCCAGUUCUGUAACUCCUUGGGACGUCUUGCUGAGCUUAAUUGCAGCUGCCACUCAUGAUCUGGAUCAUCCAGGUGUCAAUCAACCUUUCCUUAUUAAAACUAACCAUUACUUGGCAACUUUAUACAAGAAUACCUCAGUACUGGAAAAUCACCACUGGAGAUCUGCAGUGGGUUUAUUGAGAGAAUCCGGUUUAUUCUCACAUAUGCCAUUAGAAAGCAGACAACAGAUGGAGGCUCAGAUAGGCGCUCUGAUCCUGGCCACGGACAUCAGCCGGCAGAACGAGUACCUGUCCUUGUUUAGGGCCCAUCUGGACAAAGGCGACUUACGUCUGGAAGAUGCCAGGCAUAGGCAUUUGGUUUUACAGAUGGCUUUGAAAUGUGCUGAUAUUUGUAACCCCUGUCGGACCUGGGAAUUAAGCAAGCAGUGGAGUGAAAAAGUAACAGAGGAGUUCUUCCAUCAAGGAGACGUAGAAAAAAAGUACCAUCUGGCUGUGAGUCCACUUUGCGACCGUCAGACCGAAUCUGUUGCCAACAUCCAGAUUGGUUUCAUGACGUAUCUCGUGGAGCCUCUGUUCACAGAAUGGGCCCGGUUCUCCAACACCAGGCUGUCGCAGACAAUGCUCGGACACGUGGGGCUGAACAAAGCCAGCUGGAAGGGAUUGCAGCGAGAACAGUCCAGCAGCGAGGACACUGGUGCUGCAUUUGAGGAGCUGAGCUCACAGUUAUUACCUCAGGAGAACCGGUUAUCCUAACCCCCCCUCCCCCGUCAGGGGGCAGACUGCCUCUGGAGGUCGUUAGAAAUGUGAAUGGGGUCUUGAGGUGAGAGAACUUUACUCCUGACUGCCAAGGGAAGUGAAUGACGCCAGCAUUAUGUAUUUCCAAGAUUUCCUCUGUUGGAUCAUUUGAACCCACUUUUUAAUUAUAAGACCCGAACAUACAGCAAUAUGCAUUUGGCUUUCGUGUGAAACCUUGAAUAUGCAAAGCCCAACGGGAGCAAACCGAAGGGAAUAACAAAGUUUUGCAGGAAGUUGUGAGGUGGCCCUCGUGCUUCUCGAAGCAUCCUGAAACUUGAACCGAAGCCUUCAGCAGAAAUCUUUGGAAUUUAACCCGUCUGAUGCAACAGUGUGUAUCUGUACCUUCCACUAAGUUCUCUCGGAGAAAAUGGAAAUGUGAAGUGCCCAGCCUCUGCGCCUCUGGCCAGACUCGAUGUUUACAGACCAACUCUGAAAUAUUGGUUCUCAAUCCGCCUUGGAGCAUGAUUGUGAAGGAACCACUAAGAAUUUUAAAGAUCAAACCUAAACUGCAGCUCUUUCCCCCGGUUUGCCUUUCUUCUUCUUUGGAUGCCACCAAAGCCUCCCAUUUGCUAUCGUUUUAUUUUGUGCACUGGAAACUGAGCAUUUAUCCUAGAGUGCCGCCGAGCUUUCACUCCAGUGCUGUUUGGCAAUGCAAUUUUUUUUAACUCUUAGUUUUUAAUUUGGGGCGGGAGGGGCAGAACCCCAGUGUCCUAGCUGUAUUAUGAUUCCGCAGUGAAGACGUUGCAUGUUGUUUUCACUAAUGUACACUUGACCUGCACAUGCAAGAAAAGGGUGGAAUGUUUAAAACACCAUAAUCAGCUCAGGGUAUUGCCAAUCUGAAAUAAAGUGGGAUGGGCAAGUGUGUCCUUCAGAGCAAGGGUACUAAAGUCCCUCUCGCUGCAGGGAGUGAGAGGCGUGUUGUGUGUGUGCGGAUGUGUGUCUGGGGCACGCUCGUGCAUGUGUGACUGUGCAUGUGUUCUAUUUAUCCACGUGGGAGGGAUUGGGAACGUCAGCUUUUAUUUAUUAUUUUAGAAUGUGACAUAACGAGCAGCCACACGUGGGGAGGGGAAGGGAGGUCAGCUGUAACAGAUCGCUCCAGAUGCCUUAAACUAUGCACAAAGCUAAGUGACCAAACUUCUUGUUUUGAUUUGAAAAAAGUGCAUUGUUUUCUUGUCCCUCCCCCUUUGAUGAAACGUUACCCUUUGAUGGGCCUUUUGAUGUGAACAGCUGUUUUCUAGGACAAAAUCUAAGGACUAAUUUUAAACUUACAACAUUCCACUUUUGUAAUUUGUUUUAAAAUGUUUUAUGUGUAGUAAGCACAACUGUAAUCUAGUUUUAAGAGAAACCGGUGCUUUCUUUUAGUUCAAUUGUAUUUCCCUUGUUACUGUAAAGGACUGUUUAUUAAUUACGUUUACAAGUUUGUUGCAACAGUCAUUUUCUUGGGAGAAAGCUUGAGUGUAAAGCCAUUUGUAAAAGGCUUUGCCAUACUCAUUUUAAUACGUGCCUGUUGCUGUUAACUUUUGAUGAAUAAAAACCUAUCUUUUCAC